UUGGGAGGGUAGAACCAUACAGCGUCGCUCCACUGUGCCAUCACACACGCUUGUGAUAUUUUUCUUUUCUUUACCGGGAGGUAAAGAAUCGAUUCAGUGGUAGUGCGAGGGUAGUGAUACCGCGUACGAUAGACUGGAGGAUUUUAAAAAAUGCACUUCCUGUGUGUCUUUGUGAUUUUUGUGGCCCUCGUGGCGUUGGGGGAGAGUUUUGAUCUUGGACCAAUCGUGAGGAUUGCUCAGUGCAGAAUGCAGUGCAUCAAAAAACACAGCGCGGACGGCAGUUGCGAUUUGUACCUGAAUCCAGCUGAGACUGUUUGCUACGAAUGCUGGCAAUAUUGCGAAUCCUUCGAGACACAGUGGGAGGCUGCAAAAUCCAUUUGCGAGGGAGACGAAAGGCUUAAUUGUCCAGCUUGCGAAACAGCGUGCACCUACCGUGCCACCCGUCCCGAGGAGGAGUACAUGCCGUCAACUUUGCCAGCUCCAUCCAAGGGGCCCGUAAAAUUAGGCCAAUACGACAUGGCCGUAGUGAUGCGACGAGUUGGGGGAAGUUGGAAAGAAUCAGGAUACUAUCCUGGCCCACGAGUUCCAUCACUCCGCCCAGACACUUGGAUUCUCGGGGUCCUUGAGGAAGGCAUCCGGCAUUACAGCUGGGAGGAGUGGACCCCCACUCUCGAGUCCCUCAAAGACGGGCCCUUUGUCGAGGCGACAUUGUCCUGGCGGGACGUUGAUGCUCAGUUGAAGAGACACCGCGACAUCGAGCAGAAGAGAUUCAACGAUCGUGUGCGUCAAUUCUACCUUGAGAAGUACGGGGAGAAGGUGCUCGUUGAGUGGAGGGAUAGCCACGACUCACCGAUACCCGAGGAGGUCUUCCGCAGGUUCUUCUUCAGGAGGAGGAAUGAGGAGGACGCACAGUCGCAGGAAGAGGCCAUUAGUAGUGAUUAUCCUGUAUUCAAGACUGGGGAUGGGCCGUCUAUGAGGCAAUCGUUGGAGAACGAGCGCUACAUUGUGUCAUGGGAACCCGAAACUGGGGGACUCAUGGGGAAUCAAGUUGUUGACACCAUGACUGCUCAGAUAUCACUGCUACCUGGCACCAAGUAUCUCGUUAGGAUCGCCUCCGACGAUGGCCCCGGCAGCUUCUCCAUCGAAAUUGACACACGACAUAAUGCUAUGCAAGUUUGGCGGAUAAAAAAAAACAUCGAAAAUUUUUACCCAUGGAGCACCAUCACCGGGGUAAUCAGCGCCAUUGUGGUAUUCAUGAUAUGUAUCCUGGUGAGACUAUCGAUAAAGGGAAAAAUCAUCGAGGAUGAGCAACAAGUCUGAUUGUACGAGGUUUUAGGAAGAGGAUUAAAAAUUGUUGUUGAGAGCUAUUCUGAUGAACGGUAGUGACGAUUUAAGACUCAUCAAUUCAGUUGAAAUUUUUCAAAUUGUUUGGCCGUUGCAUCGUAUUUUACUGUAGGGUAAUUUGUUCAAAAUUUUACAGCGAGUCUUGGGGACUUGAUGAGCGGUGGUUUCACUGUAAAUUUGAUCUUGAAUUAUUCCGAAGAGGUGAAUGACAAAGGAGAAAAAUUUUGAGCGAUAUCUUCUUGAAUUCUAAAAUCCUCCGAACUUCCACGGACUCAAUUCAACAUAAAGGUUCAUAAAUUGUAGCUGUGAAGUUGGUUGUCAAGGCCACGCAGCAUCUGCACAGCCAACAUAGCACAAUGAAUUGCUCAAAUUACCGUAAUGAAGAGACUGUAUGAGUUAUAAAAUUUUCAGUCUAUAUCGCAUGUACAUAUGUAAAAGAAUUCUGUAUUUAUUUGUAAAUAGUUGAUCGGAAGUGUAAAUAAAUGUAUGUAUAGUAUGGCAGCGGAAUGAAGAAUAAAGAUUAUC